CGCCCCAGUCUAAUCCCCGGUGCGUCCCUUCUCCCUCCGAACUCAAUCGUCCCCACACGCACUCGCCUUUCUCACACGACCGGCGAUCCUCGCUUGCACAACCUAGUUCAAAACCGAAAGCCAGCAGCCCGAGUGAGCCGGGCCGUGCGCUUCGCACACGCUUUUCGCACGCAACUCGCGCUCGCAGCUCUUAGCAGCUGAUCCUCGUCAUGGACUCCAGGAUAGUGCUAUUUUUUCUAUUUUCUGUCUUCUGUUUGGCCUUUGGUGAAGUUGAUAUUAUAACCGAACCACGACCUGGCGAAGAAUAUGUUCUAGUAAGUUCUGGGCAGCAAACUCCCUUAAGAAAUUUCGAAACAUCACAUAAGAUACCUGAAAAACAUCCCAACCAUAGAAUAACAAAAACAGAUGAAGGUGAAAAAAUAUUUAAAAAGUUACAUAGCGGAAAAAACAAAUAUCCUUCUGAGGGUAUUAUAUCUAUCGAAGAAGAUAAAAAAGCUCCCUUUAAAAAGAGCCAAAAAAUUAAAGCUGCAGAAUCGAUAGAGGUCGAUAUACCUAUUUCUAAGUUAGAAGAUAUUAAAAUAAAAGAGAAUGUCAGAGAAGCAGACAUUAACCCUAAAAUGGCAGUCGCUUUAGAAGCUAUGUCAGAAUCAGGAAAGUUAAGCAAUAAUGAUGGUACAACUACUCAGAAACCAGUAUUGACAACCUCAGUGCCGUCCCCCGCAAAAGCUUAUGAUUAUAUUCCAAUUAAUUUUGAUACAAUUGAUGACAUUAACAGCGGCUUACUUUCCUCUAAUGUUAAGCUGGAAACAGCUGGUUCUGAACAAAAACAACAUUCACGGAUUCAAGUAAAAAAGGGUCCAAAUGGUCAAGACUAUGAAUAUGAAUAUAUUUAUUACUAUUAUGACGAAGACGAAGAAAGUAAAAAAGAGAAUAAGGAUAAAGUUCCAUCUGUAACUGAAGCAGCUGUCUUAAAUUCUCACGAUGGUCCGCAAAAAGUUGAAAUUGAAAAUCAGAUAGCUAAGGAAAACAAACCAAAGAGCAAAUAUAGUACUAUUGAUAGAUCAAGUGCAACGACAACCACAACGCCUGAAGUGCACAAUGAAGUGAAUCCGACACCAGCCAAAACUCGCUCUCGCGGUCGUAAUAUCACACCUGCUCCCGUUGAAGACGAAUCACGAGAAGAAAGGCUGCCGUCGAGUACACGAUUUCCUCCUCGUGGUCGCAACUUCGCGACUGCGAGCUCUACGACAUACGCUCCUGAGGUAUCCUCCGAAACGAUAAGGCAUCGUGGUCGCUCACAGGUUGACAAUGUUGCCGAUGAGUCAAUUGGUCAAACUAGAAGUAGAACACGAGCUCAUAUCAGGCGGCCCAGCUCUGAACUAGUAGAUCUAGACAGUUUUAAAACUCAUUCAGGUGAUAUUCCUGCGCCACAUAAAGAACAACCAACAAGAUAUUCAUCAGAAAGUAAAACUACGACUGAAACAUCAGAAAAUGUAUCUGAGACGAACGAACCCUCGCAAACUAGAGAAUCACAAAGAGAAGGGCAUAGUCUUAUUAGCGGAAUUAAAUUCCAAGAAAUACUAGAUGAUUCUAAACUACCAUCAGAUUAUAAGCAAACAACGACAUACGAACAGGAAACUACUGAAUAUACCACAAUGACUGCAAUGGAGAAGGUCGCUUUAGACUUGUACGCUUAUUUAGCUGGUGAAAAUUUAAAUAACGAAAUUAGCCCAGCGGGCGAUUUGAUGAACUUUGAUGCAUCAACUACUGUAGAUGAAGAUGUUUGGACAACGGAAAUUGUCAGUACUACAGAAGAAGAAACUACACCUGCAGCUACAACAACAACCACGACCACUACGACGACAACUACAACUACACCAGCUCCCACAACAACGACUACCACAGCUGCGCCCACACGUCCUUCGAGGUUUAAAGGUCGUCCGGGAGCUAGAUCACGUGCACCUGUAUCAACGAGUGCUGCGACAGAAGGCCCACAGGAAUCUUCUACAAGAGCACGAGGUCGGUUCGGUAAACCCAACGGAAUCCGGAAAACAACAGCCGCAGUGGUUGAAACAUCCACUUCUGCAGCACCAGUCGAGAAACCAGCGCAACCAAAGCAGGCGUUCGGGCGCCGCGGUCUAUUUGCAGGCCGCACUCGACCGAGCACAACUCCUUCUCCAGUGGCUCAAGACGCUGCCAGCGUCGCAAGCGAGUCGUCGGCACCAAGAGCGCGUCUCCGCCCUGGUCUGAGGCGAGUUGCUUCAUCAACUACCGCAGCAGCUUCGUCCGCUGAAGUAACAGAAACCACAGCUACCGCUGCAAGCCAAAGCUCAGCUUCUGGUGAAGUUGCAGAGACAACUCCAACUCCUUCUAGAACUAUUGGCCGCAAGCCUGGCGUAAGGCCAGUUUCACUCAGACCUGGACCUAGGCUAAACAUAAGACCAAAUGCCCGCUUGAGACCUGGCUUAACAAGUGCAGCACCAACAGAGGCCGCCUCAGAAGCUCCUGCAGAGACAUCCGCACCAGAAGCUCCAGUUACCGAAGCUGAUGAGAGUUCCUCACCCUCGCCGGCUCCCGAGCAACCUCGUGGUGUGUUGAAAUUGCGUAACCGCCUACAAGUGUCGCCGUCGCCAAAGCCCCGCGUUGCAGUCACCCCACCGCCACGCCGACCCAACCCACUUCUAAAGAAGAGACUACCGUCCACUGAGGCUCCCACGGAAGCGCCAAAGAAGUUAACAGAGACGACAGAGGAGACCACGAGCGCGGAGAAGAGCGAGGCUGAGGCGGAAACGGAAGCACAACCAACGGAAAGCACUCCAGCACCGCAACUGCGUGGCCUCGAUGCGCUCAUCGCCAGGAGGCGCGCGGCCGGUAUCGGCACUCGGCCAGUCCGCCCAGUGCGAGGCGCUAGGUUCCACAACUAAUUUAUCGUCCAAAAUAACCAGCUAUUCUAUGACGGCGCUCACCGAGGAACUCAUAUAUAAAUUCUCAAUCACGUUGUUUAUCCUGUUUAACGCCAACCAAGAGUUACGUUCUCUUUGACAAAACAAAUUAGCAUCUUACUCGUACUUUUCUUGAUUAGUCGUAAAUUUGUAUAUUUAAGCGUCACCCACAUAAUGUUGCUACUAGAAAAGCAGGUAACAAAAAAAAUGCCAUCCAUUUUCGGUCCUUUGAAAAUAUAGUGGAUAAUUACUUUAUAAUAUAUAACUUUAACAGGAAUCUUAUUCCAGGACAGAUAACACAAACGACGAAUUGGUUUUUUUAUGAUUCCUUGGUGACACAUUUAAAGCCUGUCGUUUAGUCAAAUUACUCCCCUAACUGCCUAGAGAUUACUUUUACUUCUUUUUUUCAGUAAUAGUUAUAUGAUUAUGUAUAAUUAGAUGUAUAGUUUAUAAUGUUUAAUUUGUUUUAUAGUGUUUCGACACCUAACCGUUUGAUUAAGAACUUUCUUUCGAUAUCCUAAAAUAUUUGCAUUAUGUACAUAUUAGAAGUAAAUUUUAUAAUGAGCAGGUUUGUGUCCAGGGUUUGAUUUUCAAAGCAAGCCGCAUUUUUUCGUUUCACAAACCAAAUUACUAACCAUCGAAAUCCAUUUCACGUGGACAUAUCCUAAUCGCCAAAGUAGGUAUCCAUAAGACUAGGGAUACAGUUUUCUUUAAGAAUGCCCGUCAUUUUAAUCCAUUUAAAAAUACCUUUUAUUUAACACCUACUAUCAUAUUUAAAUAGGUAUACGAAUAAAUAACGAAAGAAUCAGUAACGAGCAUCGGUGCUACUUUAGUUCACCAAGUAUCUCGUGAGUGACUUAACUAAGAAAUAAAAUACAUUAAAGUAUAUUGGCAAUUUUAUCUUCAUACAAAAUUAUAUAAUUUUUACUUUUAUAGGAAAUAGUUUUUAUUUGUUUCUUUUGAUAUUAACUGAUAAAAUAUCAACACUAUAUAAACUUCCAUAAAAGGAUAUUUUCGAUACAUAGUUAUAUACAUUAUUUUAAGAAUUGUAGAUAUGUAAAAUCGUUAUGUACUUAGUUAAAUUACAUGAUGGUGUAACAUAACGAUAAAUACUUACUUGUCUUUAUUUAUUCUACGAAGUGGUCAAAAUUUUAUAGGGCUUAAGUAAGAAAGUUGUUAAUAAAAUUCGUUCCGUCAACACUCAUCGAUUUGACUAGAAACGUCUGCUAAUGCACUGAUAGUUAGUGCCAUCGUGAUAUGUUUUGUAUCUGUCGUAAGUGUGAUAAUAAACUAAAUAUUAAGAUAU